UGGAACAAGUUGAGUGGUUAAGACUUAUGUUUGCAGCGAAACCCCCAUGUUUUGAGCACUGACACCACUAAGAUGAUCGGCCAGACAGGUCGCAAAGAUUUUUCUGCCAUUACGUUAGGUUUUGGCAGUGAGGAUUACAAUAACAGUAAAGGAAGACGCAGGCAGUCGCCAAUCCGGGUAUGGAACCGAUUGUCCCGACUUCAGCGAAGCAUCAUCUGCCUAAUGCUGGCGGUUGGUACAAUCUGUGCCGUGUACAUCAUUCCCGUCAUCUACCGUGACUUUGGCACCGUGGACGACCUUGACAUCAGCAGGAGGCGGAUCACAAAAGACAACGACCACGACUUGUUCGGCAUCAAAGACAGGAUUCAGCUAGACAAGGACAAACAAGCCAAGCUUCAAGAACUUAAAAACAAGGCGCGUUUUCAGUUACAAGGGAUUAUGGCGCAGGUGAAGGCAGACAUCCAGCCGAAGGACCCCCCUGGUCUGGAGGCGCCGGUCCCCCCAGACACGGGGGACAACCAGGAGGGUCAGGACGUCCUCCAGCAGCCCAUCCCGGACGAGGAUGACAAGAAGGCAGCGGAACAAAUUAUUCCCCCAGUAGACGAGCAUGAGAAUGAUGCCAAGCAGCCAGCAGCCAAGACAGCACGAUAUGACUUAUUUGAGGCUGCCAAGCACCAGACUGAGAAGCAGAAGGCCAUCGUGGCGGCGUUCCUUCACGCCUGGAACGCCUACAAGAAGCACUCCUGGGGUCAUGAUGAGCUGCACCCGAUCAGUAAAACUCACUCGGAGUGGUUCGGUGUCGGACUCACACUGGUUGACUCCCUCGACACCAUCGCCAUCAUGGGACUGAGACAAGAGUUUGACGAAGCAAAGGAGUGGGUGAAGACGAGUCUGAACUUCAACGUGAACCGUGACGUCAACCUGUUCGAGAUCACCAUCCGCAUCCUCGGCAGCCUGCUCAGUGCCUACCACCUGUCAGGGGAGGACAUCUUCAAGGAGAAAGCGAUUGACCUGGGCAAUCGCUUGAUGCCAUGCUUCAACACGGGGUCGAAAGUCCCGUACUCUGAUGUGAACCUGGCAUCGGGACGUGCACACGCGCCCCGCUGGGGUCCCGACAGCAGCACAUCGGAGGUCACCACGAUACAGCUAGAGUUCAGGGACCUCAGCCGCAUCUCGGGGGAGAAGAAGUUCGAGGAUAUCGUGCACGAGGUGUCUAUGCAUGUCCACAGCCUGCCCAAGACAAGUGGGUUGGUGCCAAUCUUCAUCAACGCACAGAGCGGCAACUUCCGCCAAUCUGGCACCAUCACAGUUGGGGCGCGCGGAGACAGCUACUAUGAAUACCUGCUGAAACAGUGGAUACAGAGUGGCAAGAAGCUGGAUGUCUUCAAGGAGGACUACGUAGAGGCCAUUGCUGGGAUGAAGGAGAAACUGGUGCGAAGGUCCGAGCCCAGCAAGCUCCUGUUUGUCGGGGAACUCCUCAGUGGGCGUUCCUUCAGCCCCAAGAUGGACCACCUGGUGUGUUUCCUGGGCGGGACCCUGGCGCUGGGCAGCUACUAUGGACUGGGGGAGGAUCACAUGGACUUUGCCAAGGAGCUGACUCACACAUGUUACCAAACAUACAACAAGAUGCCCACUAAACUCAGCCCUGAGAUCACAUACUUCAACAUGGCGCCUGGUGCUCAGGAUGAUCUCAUUGUCAAGCCUCUGGAUGCACACAACCUCCUGCGGCCCGAGACGGUGGAGAGCCUGCUGUACCUGCAUCGCCUCACGGGGGACAAGAAGUACCGUGAGUGGGGCUGGCAGAUCUUCCAGGCCUUCGAAAAAUACACCAAGAUCCCGGGCGGGGGGUACUCCUCCAUAAACAACGUCAAGAACAUGGGUAGCCCAGGAUUUAAAGAUAAAAUGGAGAGUUUCUUUUUAUCGGAAACACUCAAAUAUUUAUAUUUAUUGUUUAGUGAUGAUCCAAAGGUUAUAUCUUUUGAUGAUUAUGUGUUUAACAGCGAAGGACAUCCUUUACCAAUCAACUGGACAUAGCGGGGUGUUCAAAUAGUUUGGUUAAUUAUUGAAUGCAAGCAUAUCUGGUGAAACAGUUCAGUGACAACAUGUGAUUGUUGAAAGAGCAGGAUGUGUGAUUUUAUGAGAUUGCGAAUCGUUAAAUCAAACUGGGCUCUUUUUUAUUACUCGAUUAAAUUUUUUACGUCUUUGAAAUUAAAUAUGCACAUGCAGAAUUUUCUUUUAAAAUAUCAGAAGCUGAAAAUAGUGCUGAAUGUUCAGCUUGGAAUGGUUAUUUUAAUCCAAAUCAAAGACUUAUUUCCUUUCCUUAUUUAGUUUUUAAUUGUGAAAUAUGUUAAGAAGUCUUCAAAAUAUUAACUUGAUCAGUGUUUAUUCUAAAUUUGUGAAAUCUUUGCUUUGAUCAACCAAGUAUUGACAAAGCUGAAGCAGAUAUUAAGUUGAAUAUUGACUUUAAUUGCAAUAAUUGUUCAGUCUACAUGAAUGUUAAGUUUAUGACAUGAGACAGAGUUAACACCAUCUUCUUGAGUCCAGGGACUAUUUUGUCAUUUCGUAUGGCCUGUGUGUGAUAGUAUGGAACUAAGGACAUUGUAUUGAACCAGCCUAAAAUUACCUUAUUAUCUGGGGAUGAAGAUAAUCACGCUGUUUAGCCAUUAUAGAUGAUAUGCAAACAUUUCAUCAAUAUUUUUAAUAACACGAACAAACUCAAGCAUAUCACACACAGUUAUAUUCCUACCACAAACUGUUUCUUCCACUGUUGACUUAAUGACCAAGACCUCAUCACUUUAGUGUUUGAAACACUAGAUAAUCACUGACCCGUAAAGAUACGGGGUAGAAUAGGUCUUCAGCAACCCAUGCUUGCCGCAGUAGGCGACUAUGCUUGUCGAAAGAGGCGACUAAUGGGAUCGGGUGGUCAGGCUCGCUGACUUGGUUGAUGCAUGUCUACGAUCCCAAUCACUGGAUUGUCUGGUCCAGACUCGAUUAUUUACAGACUGCGUCAUAUAGCUGGAAUAUUGUUGAGUGCGGCGUUAAACAACAAACCAACCAACCAACUAGAUAAUAACUGUCACUUAGUAUCAAAUCUUCUUCCAUGUUGUUUACUACACGUCAACAAGACAUCAAAACACGUUUGUUAAAGUGUUUCUACAAAUAGAAAAUAUUAGUAAUCUUUUAUCGAAUAACAAGAGAUAUGUUUAUUAUGUAUUUUCUCAAGUGUUAUUCAUGAUCUUCUCUGAAAAAUUUAGUGUUAUUGAGGCCUGAAGACUUAGCUGUAACAUGUUGUGAUAGUUCACUGUAAGUGAUAUGUUUGUUCACGCCAGUGAGACAACUAGACUUCAUCUUUUCUGAUAUGUAGAGAAUCUCACCCUUGUGUCUUUUGAUAUCAUAUAUAUAUAUACAGUGUUUUACGUGCUGCCAAAAUGUGCAUCCAGCAUGCUCAAAUGUAGAGAAUGCACGCAGAAUAUUGUUUUUCUGCGUCCCAACGUGAUGCACAAUAAUAGUCAUUGUACCUACAGCUCAUCAAAAGCUGUUAUCGGUGUCUAUUAUUUCAUCUGUCGAUCAUGACCACUGUCCACGUGAUUAUUGGUUCAUUCCUUGCUCAAAAGUAAUAAUCUGAACUACAGUACACGACCACGACACCAUUUCACUACUUUACAGGACCCUCAUAUUGCCUGCAGGACCUUAAAUACAUUUUGGCGGUCCCCUUGACUUCCCUUUGUAAAACCCUGUAUAUAUAUAUAUAUAUAUGUGAGUCGAUAAAAGUUUCAAAUUUGGAGACUUAGGAAAUAUUGUUAGAUGUCAGUAUGGGAUGACAAAUACAGUAUUUCAUCACUAAAUACAUAAUAAAUGAUGUAUGCUGAUAUGAUGUGAAAACAGCACUCACUCAGUGUUGCUCACUAUUCUAACGGUGGUGUCAGUGUCACAGCAAGUCACUUCCAUGCCCCUACUGCCAGUUGACUCAAGAUCACACGGUGAUAUCCUGUACAGAUAUGUCGUCCCGAUGUCAUGGAGCUAUAUAUUAUUGCCACAUGUUCCCGUGUUACAGUAUCUCCAUGGCUAACAGAUUUGUCAAGUAAUGUCACACAUUGUUUCAGUCCUUGAUAAGUUUAUUUAAGAAAUAAACGACUCGUGGCUGUCGUUUAUCCUAUAAUAAAACACUGCAGGGAGGUUAAACCAUGAGGGGCGCUGCCCACGUGCUUCAUUCUCCCUGCAGUGCCACGAGUUGUUUAUUUCUUAUAUGAGAUAUCAAUAUGAGAUAUCAUAUUAUUACUGCCUCUUCAAGGAUGUUAAUAGAAUAUACAAGCUUUAAAAAAUAUUAACCCAUAUUUAAAUAAGGAUUACGCCCUGAAUAAAAUCCGACCUCGGCAAUGUCGAUCAAGUCCAUUUCAUGAAAUAUUGUCUUUCCCACAUAUGAUCUGCACGUCGAUUAUCUGCACCUUUUCUCCCAAUACUGAUUGUCAUAUCUCUCCCACUUUUGCAAUCGUUCGACCAUUGCGUUUAUCUCCAUAGCCCAGCUCCAUCUAGGGGGAACAACUCUUUAGACACUUCCCUCUCAAAAAUAACUUUGUCCAAUAUAUGACUUCAUCAAGUUGCGAGUGCUUGUUCAAAUCUCCAGAAAUGACGUCACGAUAGAACAAUGUUUUAACGUGAAAUAAACCACACUUCAUUCUUCAUUGUUCUUUGCGAAAUAUCGCAUAGCUAUCUAAUUUAAUUUGAUUAGUUUACUAUUGUCGAAGACAUGAAUAUCACACAAUCUUAAACAUUUUGUGAGACUAGUCGAGGGGACCGCUGUAAGACUAUUUACUAGUCCUCGGAGUGUGUAGCUAGUCCUGCUUGAAUGAGACAGAGUGUUUACUAAUAAUACUAUGUUUACAUUGUCUGUCUGUGUUAUUGAGUUCUAUCUGUUGUAAACUAAAGCAUUGAAAACUGGUGCCGAGUUAAAAUAUAUAUAUACUUGUCCUCAGCACAAAAAGUAUUCUCCUGCUACCAGACUAGCAUGAAUUUCAAAGGCUGAUCAAUUAUAGGAACCUUUCCUAGUUGCUGUCGUGAAAUGCUCAGUGAAUUGUAUGCUGCUGUUUCCAGUAAAACCAUCUUUAUUUAAACAAAACAAUAUGGACGGUCAUGUAUGUUAUGGUCUAAUAUGCCGCUUAUAAAGAUUCCUUACAGACGAGUCUUAAAAUUGUCAGGGGGCCUUUGUUGGAGCAGGACUCUUUAUACAAGGAAUAUGGUAUAUAUGUAUCUUUUGUAGUGCUUAACAUUUUUCCAUUUUUUGUUGUUGUUGUAAUAAUCAGAAAGCCUUUUGAGCCCAAAUGUCUAUUAUUUCGUUUCAUUAUUUAAUUCCAAUUUUGUUAUACUUGAUUUCGUUUCCUUUACCUUUUUCCAAUUUCCAUAUGUAUCAAAAUGGCAGCCUCCAGCAAGGAGUGUUGAGUAUGUGCUUGACCAACAGAAAUAAUGUCUUUUGUGAUUAAAACUGCCUUGGCGUCCUAUAUCCAUCACAAACCACCCAUCCCUCGCCCGUGCAUCCAAGCACCGUGUUUUCAGUAAUACUGUUUGAAGGGCAGCGUGUCCAGUAUUUUGACGGUAACAUGUUUACAUAAUUUACUUUGCUCAAUUUAUGAGAGGUUUGUAGUGGCCAGCCUGGGACUAUGUAAAUACAUUUGAUGAAUUAUUGUUUGAAAAGUUACUACAUGUAGUUUCUUUAAUUUUGUUUGCUUUUUGAAGUUGUAUUUCAUUUUAUAUAAUCUAUCAACUUGAUAAAAGAUAGAGUGGUUGGGCAAUUACAAAUAAAUUAUUUUUCUAUAUUUCUUUUCUUAUUGUGGUUUUGACUCGGGUCAGCUGAAUCUGUAAAGCGAAACAAACUUGUCAGCUAAGCAGACCACCAUAACUACUUACUGAUAUUCAUCUCUUCAUGUUGAUCAUGGUUUGGAAAACAUUACUCUUGUAUUUUGAAAUGAAUGAUGUGUGUGCUGGGAGGGGAGGUAAGUCUGCAAAAUGGCCUUUUGUUUAUGUUUAUGUGAUGGGUCAGUGCCCCCUGGUGUGCUGGGAGGGGAGGUAAGUCUGCAAAAUGGCCUGUUGUUUAUGUUUAUGUGAUGGGUCAGUGCCCCUGGUGUGCUGAAACAUGAAUAUGAUUUGCGUCUGUUGUGUCCUUACUUCCAUCAAGUGUCCUUGCCAUGGUCUUGAGGGACGUGUAUUGAACAUUGUGGGCUAUCUGCUGUCACGGCGUGCGAUUAUGGCAGGGUUGGAAACUGCCUCCAUGCCUCCUUGACCACCUCCUUGUCUCCUUGACCACCUCCUUGUCUCUUUGACCACCUCCUUGUCUCCUUGACCACCUCCUUGACUGCCUUUCUGUCUUAUUAAAGCCAGAUCUUUGUUCUCGCUACGGCUAAACAAAUAUCUGAAGACAUCCCAGAUGAACUACCUUUCACAAACUUUCAACAACCACAAACUAGAAGCUCAGCUUGAGCCAAUCAGAAAGCAGCUUUCUCGAGCUUUACUAGAUUCAAAAUAGUGACUUUCUUUCCAGACUGCGCUUGACAAAGUUGGUGAAUCAAAAUUUGAAAACAAAAUUAGAUUCUGUCUAUUAUAUGGCUGAGUAUGGCAGUACUUCCCUUGGGCUAUGGAAAGUCAUUCAUUUAAUUGUUCAUCCCAUUGAAAGAUAGACAAUGUCUUCUAUUUGGAAUCUUUCGAACAGCUCAUAAUGGUUGUUCGGAAUACCCCGUGAUAACCUUUUUAAGAUUGCAUGAUUUAAAAAAUCAUCUUGAUUUUCACUUUCUGAUCUGGUAAGCGACGCUCUGAUUGAUUGGAUGAAAGGUUGUUCCGACGUGACCAGUAAUGGGAUGUCCUCAGAUCUGUGUGUAACGGGAGCGAGAACUAAGAUCUGAUUUUAACGAGCUUGACUGCCUCUGUUAAUGUCUUAGUCUCCUCGACUGCCUCUUUCACUGCCUCUGUUCCUGUCUUCAUCAUACAUUGCUUCAAGUACAAGGACUUAUCUAGGCCUGCUCAGAGGCUGAUAAUUCUUACCAAACUUCUACCUCUAUUACAUAUCUGACAUUUAUCCUGUAUUGUGGCUUCAAUCACACUAACUAAACUUUUCAGAUUUUCAACAGACAUCCUCUUCACUGUCAAUUACACACAAUUAGUUGCCGCCAAGUAGUCUCGUAACUACCCACGCCGUGACGUCACAAUGGCAGCUAUAUCACUAUUUCCCCUCAUCUCCUACUAGAGGUAGAUGAAUUAGAGAGGUGGGAGGGAGAAAUUUGUAUGUAAUAGAGGUAGUAUUCUUAGAAUUAUUAACAAUGAUAACUAUUGUUCGAUAUUCGGCCACAACUCCACAGCCAAUGUUUCCCAAAUGAAUAAUUUCCCAAUUCAUUUUUAUGUGGUAUAUCUAAUGUGAUGGCUUGGUCAAGGUGACUUGUAUUUCACUGAUAACAGGACUGAUAAAGAGAAAGAGGCUUUAAUGCUUAAUUUGACAUUACUGAUGAAUUGAUGAAUGCAGUGUUAAAAUAUAAUGUUAAAAUGCUUCGGAAAUAUAAAAAGGAAAAAAAGAAGUUUAAAACAACCCCAAUUUUGAACAAACUAACAACAUUUCCUCAUCUACAAUUCACAGGUUAGUAUGAUGGGGGAACUUAAGUUAUUCAAACCCAUGAAUUAUUAAUAUGCACUUGCUCCAAUAAUGAUAUGAAGGAAACACUAUGAAUACUAAAACAUUCAUCCCCAUGAGGGGGGUGCAGGCUAAAACGGCAUCUCAGCAAAACAUCCCCGAUUUCAACGAGCAAAAAUGGCUACUGAUUGUUGAGUGAAAACAGCACAUCAAUUUUAUAACACAAGAAGGAUUUUUGUGGUAGUAAAUAUGCUUUUUUCAUGGUUUAUUCAUUGAUCAUAUUUUCUUUACAUCACUGGACCAUGGACAGCAAGCAUUGUGUUUGCAUUUGGGAGAGUUAAGCCGUCUUUGAAGCCUGCGAAAUGCCGUCAUGUUCACUGCACAACAUUAGCCGUUUUGUUUUGAGCGGGGUUCUGUUUUUGCCAACUUUGUGCCGUUUUAGCCAUACAAGAGCAUAUCAAUAUCAUCCGAGCACAUUGCAUCAUGGGAGGAGCCAGUUGUUGAUGUUUUCCCUUUUACAUAGAGUUUAUAAGUGUUGAUAAACAAAAAAACAUUUGGAUAUGGUAUUUUAACUUUGAGAGCCAGGAUUCUGUUUUUAUUUUUUCAACAAUACAAAUUAUGUAUAUGAUUUGUGUAUGAAUAUUUUUAUUCCCCCCAUUUGUUUGGGGUAUUAAUAUUAAUAUUAAUAUUAUGUCAUUAUGAUUCAGAUUGUCUUUGCUGAAUAGAUUGAUGAAUUGUAUACUUCUGAAGAUUUGACUGAUCUUGCAGCAAUAGAAAGUAACAGUCCAUUAGUCUUAUACUGAUAACAUAUAGCAAAGCCCUUAAAAAUGCCAAAUUUCUACUGGUCCUUAUGAUACCUUAACUAUUGGUCAGUUUGGCUAGCACAACAGGACAAGUGCCAAUUUCUAAUGCUGGAUCUUGUCUCUUCUGAAGUACACAUAUUCACUUGAAUGCAAUAAUUCAUACAUUCUCAUUCAACUUGUGUGUUGGUCUUACAAGGCUCUGGUGCACAAAAGAGUUUCAUUUUCUAAAUGAUGUGAACUUAUUUUGUGAAAUUAAAUCUAUUGAUUAUUUGUUCAGACAUGAAAUAUUCAUCUUGUACAAGAGUGUGAAGGAUUGAUGUUAAGAAUCCUAAAGUUCUGUUUUCUUGUGAACAUUGUAUAUUUCAUAUGUCCAAAACACAUGUGAAUCUCAUGUAGAAGUAGAGAACAUUGUCAUAUCAGUUUGCAGUCAAACAUAAGUGUAACAUGCAUAGAACAGUAGAAAAAACAAGCACCUGUCAACUCAAUCUCACUAUCGUGUUUGUUCAGUUCAUGCUAUUGGGGGUAGGGGUGGCCCAGUUGUCUAAGGCGUCACGAUUCGUUGUGCAGAGUUGCGUCCCUAGGGCACGCCAGAAACAUAUGAUUGUGGAUUCGAAUCCCGGUUCACCCCGAUUAUGUUUCUAGGUUUGUCA